AUGGAGUGGAAUGUAAACAAUGCAUUCAAAACCUACAAAGAGAUGGAACCGAAAGCCAUGAUGGAUAUGGCACUUGUUCCACAAUCUGAUCCUAUUGACAUUGGAUUAGGCUCUUCUGUUAAGGCAAAUUCUGCUCCCCCUAAACGGAAGAAGACCAUGACUUCAGUGUAUCUUAAGUAUUUCGAGACUGCACCGGAUAGCAAAACUCGGAAAUGCAAAUUCUGCGGACAAAGCUAUUCGAUAGCAACAGCUACUGGUAAUCUCGGAAGGCAUCUGAAUAAUCGACAUCCAGGCUAUGAUAAGGCAGUAGAUGUUGUCACCAGCUCGGUACCACAGACACCACCGGUUUUACAAGUUGUUGUAAAACCGUCACAAUCCCAAUCGAAAGCACCGCAACUCGACUAUGAUCAUCUUAACUGGUUAGUUCUCAAAUGGCUCGCUUUAUCGUCACUUCCUCCCUCUACUGUAGACGAAAGAUGGUUGGGAAACUCCUUUAAAUUUCUUAACCCAACCGUCCAACUAUGGCCGGCUGAAAAAUAUAAAGCCGUUCUCCAUGAGAUUUUCAGAAGCAUGCGGGGAGAUGUAAAGACAUCAUUGGAGCAUAUCCAAUCCAAAGUUUCAGUAACCUUGAGUUUCUGGAAUUCAUAUGAAAAUAUUUUUUAUAUGAGCGUAACGGGUCAAUGGAUAGACGGAAAUUGGUCCUCUCAUAGACUGCUGCUCGACAUAUGUCGGAUUCCUUAUCCUUCUGGAGGUUCUGAGAUCUAUAACUCCCUUUUAAAAGUCCUUAAGAUAUAUGCCAUUGAAGACAGGGUUCUGUGUUGUACACAUGACAACAGCCAAAACGCUAUUCAAGCUUGCCACAGCCUCAAGGAGUACUUGGAUGGUCAAAAGGUCUUGCCUUUCUGCUACAUUCCGUGUGCCGCUCAAACUCUGAAUGAUAUUAUAGAUGAGGGAUUAGCAACUAUAAAGCCCAUAAUAUCAAAGAUUAGAGAAUUCACGCAAGAGUUAAACGCGUCCAUUGAUCUAUCAGAUGAUUUCAUUCAGUUGGCAACAGCUUAUCAAGAAGGCAACUGGAAACUUCCGGUCGAUGCUUCAUCUCGUUGGAGUGGCAAUUAUCAGAUGGUCAACAUCUUGUGCAAGGCUGGCAAGUCCUUGGACUCGGUAAUUCGAAAAAACGAGGAUGUUCUAGAGAACAGAAUGAUCUUGAGUUCUGCAGAGAAGAACGCAGUGACUAUUGUCCACAGUUACUUGGAUUUGGAUUCAUUCCACAAGACGACCAACGAUAUGUGCACAAACAAGGAUCUCACAGUCGGUCUAGCUCUGCUCUUUAUGGAUAACAUAUCCGAGAUGAUCACGACUUGCCAGAAAUCAUGCCACAACCCGGACUGGCUAAGAACAUGUGCUGAAAACAUGGCCCUGAAGGCCAGAAGUUACAACACCCAAGUCUGCAACGUAUUCACUUACAUUACAGCCAUUCUUGACCCGCGCAUCAAAACCGAGUACAUUCCAGAGACUAUAAGUCUCGAGAGCUAUAUAGAUGAAGCAAGAACCCAUUUCCUUCGUAACUAUUCUUCUCCUCAUUUCACAUCUUCCAUGACUAGUGGGUACCGUCCUCAGGAUAUAGACGAAGGAGGAGGAGGAAAUAUCUCGUUUGCAGAGGAAAUCGCUAGAAGGAAAAGAAGAGGGAGUAUGAGUAGCAAUGUUGUUGAUGAACUGACUCAAUACUUAUCGGAGUCUAUAGUCCCGAUGCAGACCGAUGUGUUAGAUUGGUGGAAGGUAAACAGCGGAAGAUACCCGCGACUUUCCAACAUGGCUCGGGAUUUCCUCGCGGUUCAGGCGACUUCCGCUGCUCCGGAAGAAAUAUUUUGCGGUAAAGGUGAAGAGAAUGAUAAGCAAAAGUAUUGCAUGCCACAUGAUAGUACACAAUCUGUUCUUUGUAUCAGGUCAUGGAUUGAAGCUGGUAUGAAACUGAAGUUCAAGUCUACUGAGAUCGACUAUGAGCGGCUAAUGGAAUUAGCUGCCACCGUGGCCGCCGAUAAUUCUGCCGGAGGUUUAGACAAGAACCAGCAUAAGUGA